GUGCGAAUGUGCAGCAUCGCUCCCCGGGCUCGGGGGCAGAGGAGCCUUUCUGCAGGGGGCUGCGGGGCAGGUUUUGGUGGCUAGUGCCAGCAGCGGCUGGGCGCAGCCACAGUGGGCGCACAGGCAGCAGGUCCCUGGGCAUGGAUGGUCCCUCCGGUCCAAACUUCAGCCCGUGGGCUUUACCCACGGAGAAAUGUCCCCUCCUCCCGUCCCCAUCCCCGCAGCCGAGGGAAGGGCAGGAUUCGAGCGGGGAGGGGGCACAGCCGGGGCUGUCCCGGGGCCCGGCCCGGCCGGGGGCUGCCAGCGGCUCCCGGCCCCGCACUGGCGGCCGCCCGGCCCCGACGGCGCGUCCCGCCGCCCUGAGCGGGGUGCUGGAGGGCGGCGCGGGGGCCGGGGAGCCGGGGGGAGCCCGGGGGGGGCCGGGGCCUCCUGCUGCCCCUGUGCUGCCCGCCCUGCCCUCGGCUCCCCGCGGCGCAUCACGCCUGCGCGGGGCCCGGUGCUGGCAGGCAGCGUGUAAGAUGAGUGAAGAAGCGGGUGGGGGGGGGGGGGGGGGGUGACGAGCGGGCGCGCAGGGGAAGCUCUGCCAUCGAAAAUCGCUCACUUGGGCAGUGGCGAGGCAGAGCGACAACCCCGAGCCGAUGUCAGGGGCUGCCUACCUGCGAGGUGCGCGAAGAUGAUGGCCAUGAACGCCAAGCAGCCGUUCGCCAUGCACGCCGCCCUCCAGGAGCCCAAGUUCUCCAGCCUGCACUCCAGCGCGGAGGCAAUGCGCAGAGUUUGCCUCCCGGCCCCGCAGCUGCAGGGCAAUAUAUUCGGGAGCUUUGAUGAGAGCCUGCUGGCCCGCGCGGAGGCUCUGGCGGCCGUCGACAUCGUCCCCCACGCCAAGGGCCACCACCACCACCACCACCACCAGCCCCCCCCCUUCAAGCCGGACGCCACCUACCACGCCAUGAGCGGCGUCCCCUGCGCCGCCGCCCUCCCGCACCCCGCCGCCCUCGCCGCCCACCCGCUCCCGCUCCCGCACCCGGCGCUGGACGGCGGCGACCUGCUGGAGCACCUCUCGCCCUCGCUGGCCGUCGGCGGGCUGGCCGAGCCCCCCGCCCUGCCCGCGCCGCCGCCGCCCGCCGCGGGUCCCCUGGCCGUGGGCGCGGGCCCCCCGGCCGCGGGCGUGGGGCCCCCGGGGGGCCCGGCGCCGCCGCCCCCCGCCGCCCCCGAGGCGGAGUCGGACCCGCGGGAGCUGGAGGCCUUCGCCGAGCGCUUCAAGCAGCGGCGCGUCCGGCUGGGGGUGACCCAGGCCGACGUGGGGGCGGCGCUGGCGGCCCUCAAGCUGCCGGGCGUGGGGUCGCUGAGCCAGAGCACCAUCUGCCGCUUCGAGUCGCUGACGCUGUCGCACAACAACAUGACGGCGCUGCGGCCGGUGCUGCAGGCCUGGCUGGAGGGCGCCGAGGCCGCCCACCGCGACCGGGCCGCCGGCCCCGAGCUGCUGGCCGGCGCCGAGCGCAAGCGCAAGCGGACCUCCAUCGCCGCCCCCGAGAAGCGCUCGCUGGAGGCCUACUUCGCGCUGCAGCCGCGGCCCUCCUCCGAGAAGAUCGCCGCCAUCGCCGAGAAGCUGGACCUCAAGAAGAACGUGGUGCGCGUCUGGUUCUGCAACCAGCGACAGAAGCAGAAGCGCAUGAAGUACUCGGCGGUGCACUGACGGCGCCCGGCCCCGCCGCGAAAGGGACGCGACGGGACGGCCACGACCAGCCCCCCCCCCCCCCCGCCCCGGCCCCGGCCCCGGCCCCGUCGAGGCGUCCCGGCCCCGCCG